CUCGAGAAUUGCAGUUCUCAGUUGGAAGAGAUCGACGUUCGAUUAACGUUCGAUCGAAGGAUCGUUUGUCGAAACAAUCGUAAAUCGAAUGUAUCUUUCAAGAAAGAUUCUUAACAUGGACGUUACUUUUACGAUGAGGCCUUCACAAGGAAAAGAAAGUUCUAUCGAGUGUACGAAAUGUUGUUCCCGUUUUUCUAACGCGACCAAGUUUGACAGGCGAAUUUCCACUCGGAUACAGUGGUGGUGCCGAAGAGGGCGGCCCUCUUGUUCGAUCGAUUAAUGGUCGCGUUGCAAAAGGUUGUGGACAAUCAGAACAAAGGAGAAUUGGAUGGCAGUAGACCGUUCGCAAGAUCGCCUCAUUUACCGAUCGAGAAUUCGCAAAUUAUUCCUUCUACGGACGAGCAACAAACGAUGAAGAUGGAUCUUCAGCGACGAGGUCAAGCGAAAGGGCGUGUUUAUUGGCGUUGUUAUUUCAAUGCUGUGACGUGUUUCAAGAGAAAGUGAUAAUAAGCCAACGUAACCAGCCUUCGAAACCCGACUAUUCGCAUGCUUUCCCCGGUUGAAAGAGAAACAAAUAAAUCAGAAAUUCAGAACAAAACUAGAUCUUAAAUCCAACGAUGAAUCUAUCAUUUAUUUUGAAUCGAGUUAUUUUUCUCGCUUUCGAAUCACUUCUCAUCUAUCUUCUUGAUGACUAUUUAAGUUCUUGCGUAUCAUUAUUAUGAAAUAUGGUGCGGUUGUAUUAAACAGUGUUAACUAAUAUAUAUCUGUCUGGUUUAUAAAACGUUAUAUAAGAUUAAAUAUUAAGAUGAAAUUAGACGAAACGUUAUCUAUUUCGAUUAAGUUUAAAAUUCGAGCUUUUCCUUAUUCAAGUGUACAAUUUAUGACAAUUCCAUGUGCUAUUUCUUUUACGUCAAAAUGAGAAUUACUUUGUACAGAAGAAUGAAUCAGGAAGCCAAAAGUUGUUAUUUGAAAACCAAUGAUAAAUCAUUAUUGACAGUGUAUUUGCCACAUAAUAAACCAAUUUUCGUCGGUCGUUCUCCAGAGACAAAUAUUACAGAUACACAAUGUUCUAGAUUACAAGUACAAGUAUGUGCAGAUUAUCAAAAGUACAAUGUUUAUAUUCAACAAAAUGGAAAAAGAUCUUCUGGCUUUAAUGGUUUUAAAAUGCGUAAAGACAUCAAAUUUAUAGGCAAACAUGACGAUUAUUUAGAAAUACUGUAUGGAAAGCAUAUUUAUCAGAUUGAAUUUAAUCCUCCACCUCCAAAAAUUUCUUUGAUAGAGAAAAGAAUCAGAGAUUCAGAGACAUAUGAUGAAUAUAAAGAAAAUUCUUGCAAAAUAGCUAAAAUUGAAAAUGAUGAAACAGAUAGUAUUGGAACAUGCGAAGAAAUUUAUGAGGAAAAAGAAGCAAAAAGAAAAGAAAAACAGAUAAAAAAUGGUAUUUUAAAAUUCAUAAACAGAAGCAAAAUGUCUCCAGAUACGUUUGAAGAUAUAGAUGAUGUAAUAGACACUGAACAGGAUAUGUGGGAAUGUAAGCAAACUGGAUUAUUAAUAUAUACAGCAAAGGGUGUAGAAAAUCGCUCAAUGAUAGCAGCAUAUGAUUUGGAUGGAACUUUAAUAAAAACAAAAUCCGGUUUGGUAUUUCCAAAAGAUUAUGAUGAUUGGCAAAUCAUAUAUGCUAAUGUGCCAACCAAAUUAAAAAAGCUCUAUAAAGAUGGAUAUAAAAUAGUUAUUUUCACUAAUCAAGCAUCUUUUACAUCUGGAAAAUUAAAUCCUGAUUCUUUCAAGAAUAAACUUAAAAAUAUAAUACAAAAAAUUGGUGUUCCAAUGCAGGUAUUUAUAGCUACUGGAUAUAAUAUCUAUAGAAAACCAGCAAUUGGAAUGUGGCAAGAACUAGAGAAAAAAAACAGCCCUAUAUCUAUCGAUAAAGAUAAAUCCUUUUACGUUGGAGAUACUGCCGGACGAGCGAAAAAUUGGGCUCCCGGAAGAAAAAAGGAUCAUUCGUCAGUUGAUCGAUUAUUAGCGCUCAAUUUGAAUUUAAAAUUCUAUACACCGGAAGAAUAUUUUCUCGAUUUCGAACCGAUUCCUUAUGAAUUACCCAUAUUUAAUCCAAAAAAUUUAUCGAAUAAAGAGAUAUGCUCAGGAAGCAAUAUAACUUCAAAUGAUCAAGAAAUCAUUUUAAUGGUUGGUUGUCCAGGUUCUGGAAAAUCAUAUUUUGUAAAAAAUUAUUUGGAUCAUUAUGGAUAUGUUAAUAGAGAUACUCUUGGAAGUUGGAAAAAAUGUGUCACUGUAAUGGAAAAAUAUUUGGAUGAAAAAUCUAGUGUAGUUAUAGAUAAUACCAAUCCCGAUUGUGUAUCAAGACAAAGAUAUAUCGAAGUAGCGAAGAAAUAUAACAUUCCUGUAAGAUGUUUUGUUAUGACGACAAGUAUCGAUCAUGCGAAGCACAACAAUAAGUUUCGAGAAUUAACUGAUCCUAGUCACGCGAAAGUUAAUGACGUGAUUAUUAAUUCUUAUGUAAAAAAUUUUCAACAACCAAGUUUGGAGGAAGGAUUUAAAGAAAUCGUUGAUAUAAACUUUGUACCAAAAUUUCAGAAAGAGGAAGAUCGACGACUUUACGAAAUGUAUUUGCUUGAAAGAUAAAAUUUUUUUACAUCAUGUGAUUGCUUUUAAAUAUAAUAAAAUAGAUAAACAUG